AUGGUUGUCGUCAAAGGAGGACCAUCCAAAAACAACACAAAGUCCACUGGCAUCAAGCGUGUCAAGGGUGAGAACUUCUACCGUGAUGCCAAGAAGGCCAAGGUCGUCAAGCUUCUCUCCAAGGACGGCAUCGCUUCCAAAGCCAUCCGAGACAAGAGCGGAAAGAUCAUCCAAGCAGCCGAGUUCCAAAGCAGCGAAGCAAAGCCCGGUCGUGUUCAGCCCGACAAGCGAUGGUUCGGAAACACACGUGUCAUCUCGCAAGAUGCGCUUGACCACUUCCGUACAUCGCUCGGCUCGCGUGUGAAUGACCCCUACUCGGUCUUGCUGCGCAGGAACAAGCUUCCCAUGUCGCUCAUCCAAGAUCCUGGCAAGGGCAAGGCUCCUUCUCUCACCACUCUCGAACCCUACUCCGACACCUUCGGCCCAGGGGCACAACGAAAGCGUCCUCGUCUCGAUGGCGGUAUGAGCUCGUUCGAAGAGCUCGCCAUGAGCAGUGAACAGGCUGGUCGCGCCGCCGAUGACAAGCAAGCUGCUCUCGAGGCAAAAGCAGCCGGUGUUGGUCUCGUCCCUUCUGAUUACGAGGUCGGCUCCAGUGCCCAGCGAUCCGCCAACGGUUUCACUGCCGACGCAGACGAGCUCUACGAAAUCCCCGUCACCCGCGGCCGCUCCGAACCCAUCUACAGCAAGGGUCAGUCCAGACGUAUCUGGGGUGAGCUCUACAAGGUCAUCGACUCUUCCGACGUCAUCAUCCAUGUCAUCGAUGCUCGCGAUCCUAUGGGAACCCGUUGCCGCAGCGUCGAGAAGCAUAUCCGCGACGAAAAGCCACACAAGCACCUCGUCUUCCUCCUCAACAAGGUCGAUCUCGUUCCCACUUGGGUUACUGCUCGAUGGGUCAAGCUCCUCUCGAAAGAAUACCCUACGAUCGCAUUCCACGCCUCGAUCAACAACUCGUUCGGUAAAGGUUCGCUCAUUCAGCUUCUGCGCCAGUUCAGCGUGCUCCACUCGGACAAGAAGCAGAUCAGCGUCGGUUUCGUCGGAUACCCCAACACAGGAAAGAGUUCCAUCAUCAACACGCUCAAGAAGAAGAAGGUCUGCAACGUCGCUCCCAUCCCAGGUGAGACCAAGGUGUGGCAGUACAUCUCGCUCAUGCGUCGUAUCUACCUCAUCGACUGUCCUGGUAUUGUGCCUGUCUCGGCGCACGACUCCGAGACAGGUACCGUGCUCAAAGGUGUGGUGCGUGUCGAGAACCUCGAGACACCCGCCGAGCACAUCCCCGCGCUGCUGUCGCGUGUCAAGCCCGAAUACAUUCGUCGCACCUACAAUCUUGAGAAGUGGUCCAACUCGGAAGACUUCUUGGGUCAGAUCGCCAAGCGCAUGGGCAAGCUGCUUAAAGGUGGCGAACCGGAUCUGGAGACGAUUGCCAAGAUGGUGCUCAACGACUGGAUCCGCGGCAAGAUCCCCUUCUUUGUGGCUCCCGCUUUGCCAGAGGAUGCCAAGUCGAGCAAGGGCAAGGCAAAGGCCAGUGCUGAGGAGGUCGAGAGCGCCGACGCUAGCGAGAUCGCGGCUGCGGCGGACGCCGAAGUCGACGCUGCUACCGACAAAUUGCUCAAGAGGAAGAAGGUCAAGGGUGUCGAGCAGCCGCUCAAGCAGAUUGCUGUGGCUACCAAGUUCACUCGGGAGGAUAUCGAGGCCGGUCGACCCGAAGACUACGUCAUGGAGCGCGACGAGGAUGAGCCGGUACCCGAGCUGGCCGUCGACGAAGACGCUACAUUCGACAGCGACGACGAGGCUGCCGAAGACGACGAGGACGACGACGAUGACGAAGACGGCGAUGCGCUGCAAGAUCUCAACUGGGACGACGUCUUCCAAGGUGGAUCCGACGCAGAGCAAGAAGCGGAGGCCGACGACGACGACGAUGCUGCCGACACCACCACCAAGUCAUCGCCCGGCAAACGCACCGUUGCCGCUGCCGACGAUGACGAGCAAGACGAGCACGACCCGCGUCGCAAGCAAAAGAAGACCGCCCGAAUGACCACCAGCAAACGCAAAGCCGAGAACUACUACACCAACGCCAACGUCAAGAACAAGAGCCGUCGCGGCAAACCUGACGCUGCAGAACCCAAGAGCAAGGAGAGAGGCCCCAAGGUCGGCGCCAACGGCAAAGGCGCUGCGCAGCCUCGUCGUCGCAAGUGA